CCGCGCACGGCCGCGGAGGAAGGGAGGAAAAAAAAGAGGAAGACGCGCUCCGGCCUCGUGCUGAGAUCGCACGUGCACGCGUUCUCUCUUCGUCUCUGUCGCACCCCCCACCUGGUGCGACCGUCUUGCUCCGUCGUUCCGAAGCUACUGACACCGAGCGGAACCGCGAACCAGACACGACAAACCCCGAAUUCACCCACGCAAUCGGAUCAGGUGGAAUUAAUGACUGCAUUGGAAGAGAUGAGUUGACACCGCGGAUGCUGGAUUUUAUGGGGAUUUCUCCAGUCUCCGAUCCCGUCAUGAUCACCUCCAGGGUUAUCCUGGCGAACAGGCGAUCUAAGGUAACGUCCUUCCUCAAGAAUUGCAUCAAGAAGGCGCUGAUAAGGACCAGAGGCUGGAGACACCCCGUGGACCGGAUCUGGAGCGCGGAGAUGGAGAACGAGAUCAACGAGAGGAAAUGGAAGCGAGGGGAGGAGGCGGUCCUCCGGGAUGCUGUCAUCCUGCUGGACCAGAACCUGGAGAACGAGAUGAGGGAGAAUCUGCUCGGCUCCAAGGAGUCGGAGCUGGUGCCUUGGACUCCAAUGGGACCAGAUUAAUGAUCCUUCGUCCAUGGUUCGAUCUCCGACAUCCAGCAUCUUCUUCGGACACUUGAGAGUAAGACCUACCCCUUAGGAUAAUCGCUAGAUUAAUUUUUAAUCCACAUAUCUACCAGUUAUCCGUUCGGAUUAAGUUCUUCCAGUCGGUCGUAUCUAUUUUCACUGGACGACUGAUUACCGGUGAGGAGCUUUAUUGUAAUCUAAGCUCGAUCGUUCUAUCGGAGCACCGAAACUCCCAUUAACGAUAGUUCGUAACGUUUCCUUGGCUAACCCUAAUUAAUUAAUUAACUUUACCAUUAAGAGACCUGCUCGACUACCGAGGACGACUUCUCGCUAACGGGGCCCCGUAGUUAGUAAGCUUAGAGAUUCGGAUAAAUUUCUUAAGAUUUUGAGGUUAGGAAAUAUUUCAUAUCUUAUUAUGUAUAUGUUGCUAAGGGCUCGCAUUAAUUAUGUUCUUCGGUUAGGAGGGCUGUUGCAAUUUUAUCCAGCGUUGUUCCAAUUAGAAUGGAUGGGUUCUAAGAUCGUUUCGACUGCUUUUCUGUGAUACUAGGUCUAGGGUUAUUUCACUAGGAACUGCCGUUAGUAUAAUUGACAUCGAACUCCGUUCGACGAAUAGGCCGCCCAGUGCAUAUUACAUGUUAUGAGAUUCUGUGAUAUGGAGGCGUUAUGGAGAGCCAACUUAUCCUUAAAACUUAAUUAGGUAGGGAUUAGGAAUUAGUUUUCUGCUGAUCUCAUCGAUUGUGAUGUCGUUCACUGUGAUAAAAAGUGCUUUAACUUUGAUAAGAGGAAUAUGUAUAUGAAGAUGAAGUCAGGCGUUUUUUUAUAAUGAUUCGAGUCCGUAGGACUUGAUAAGGAUUUCUGUCAUUUUGUGUUCUUUUGAAAAAAAUAGAAAA